GUCUAACGGUUCACUUGGAAAGCAGUUUGGAUUGAACAACUUGUCCUACCAAACAGCUGGCUUCUGCCAAGCUUCUCCUUUAACUGAAUUUCUUGCCAAUCUGUGAACUACUAGAUCUGUGGCCUUUGUGCCCGCGCCUCUCAUUUCUGCUUUACGUUAAAUCUCAACUUGUACAUGUCUGCACACGGCCACAAACAUACGGGUUCCGUGACCCAGAACCACAAAGCACAACUUGCUAAUGCCUAUAACGAACUUGGGAAGGAGCUCUCCUCGAGCAAGAUCAGGGUUGUCGGAAACUACACCCUUGGAAAGGUCAUCGGUGAGGGCGCGUACGGCAAGGUUCGCUUGGGCACUCACCGUCUCACCUCUACCAGAGUCGCCAUAAAGCAAAUACCAAAGGCAAUGUCCGCUUCCCUCACCCGCGAAAUACACCACCACCGCCAACUUCACCACCCUCAUGUCACUCAGAUGUAUGAAGUCAUUGCCACCGAAUCUCACAUCUGGAUCGUCACAGAACUCUGUUGUGGUGGCGAGCUGUUUGAUUAUCUUGCUGAGAAAGGUCGCUUGUCCGAACGCGAAUCCAGUGUCAUUUUCGGUCAGCUCGCGCUUGCAGUCGCAUAUCUCCACGAGAAGGGCAUCGUCCACCGAGAUCUGAAGCUUGAAAAUGUCUUACUUGAUGAACGCUGUCGCGUCAAACUUGGCGACUUUGGCUUUACUCGCGAGUAUGAUCGUGGCGUCUAUAUGGAGACUUUUUGCGGUACAACCGGAUAUGCGGCCCCUGAGAUGCUUCAAGGCAAGCGUUACCUCGGCCCAGAGGUUGACGUUUGGUCCAUGGGUGUGAUUCUCUACUGUCUUCUAACUGGCACACUUCCGUUUGAUGAUGACGACGAAGCGGUCAUGAAAGACAAGGUCAUUCAAGGCAAAUAUGAAGACCCUGAAUGGCUCUCUACAGACGCCCGUGAUCUGAUCCGCAGCAUUCUCGAGGUUGACUCUGCCAAGCGUCUGACGAUCCCACAAAUUCUGGCCUCUCCGUGGUUUACAUCCACCCCUCCCGCUCCCGCCUGUGACCAAGUCCUCCUUGGUGUCAAUAAUGUUCCUGCAUCCCCAUCACCUGCCCGCGAUACCUUUAUUCUCCCUGUGAAAUCUGUCGUGAACACCCAAACACAGGUGAACGAACUUUCUAUUUCUCCGGCGACAUCGACUACAUCUGAAUCCUUUGUUUCUGCAUCAUCUCAUUUAUCUCCAUCGGUCCCUACAACUCCUGAUGACACUCCUAAGGACCCUUUCGAUACUCAGGGAAACGGUAGCCAAACCACGAUUACGGGCGCUGCUCGGCGUUCUCAGCAUCUCAGCAAAGAUAGUAUGACUCGGCAACCUGACACCGUCAUCGAAGAGGAGCCUGAAUCAGAGAACGUUGUACCAUCCUCUGCAGGGUCGACUACAAACCUCGAUCAGACCCCUAAGGCCCCCCCGUAUCCAACACGCACACCUGCACGUACCAAACGUCGCUCUGUGUCUUCUACCCUUUCUGAUUCUGGCUCACCAACGCUGGACAAGCCACUGGCCCCUCUCCCGCCCCAAGAUUUUGCAUCAUUGCUCAGCACUCCAGCUCCCAUCAUUUUCUCCACGCCCGCGGAACGCGACCUUCUCAAUAGCCUCAGUCUACUCGGAUUUGACACUGGUCAGAUUGUGCAUUCUGUUCUCACCGAUGCAUGCGACGCCGCAGGUGCUAUAUGGUGGAUGCUGAAGCGCAAGCGGGAAAAACGCGUUCUGGCCGGAGAGAUACCAUUACCCUUAGAGUUUCCAGAGCGCGCUGAUAGCAAGCAGCGAGAGAAAGAUGAAGAGAAAGAGGACCGUUCCAGUUCUCGGAGGCGGACCAAGCGUGGCAUCGGUGUUCAGACCGACGGUGCCACAAGUACUUCAUCGCUGGGUCUGAUACAUCCUGCCCCUGAAUUUGCCGUGCUGCCUCCGACGCCUACCGUCCCAUCAUCCGCACGUCCGACGACGCCGCCACGCGCGAAGUCACCGUUUCUGUCACCGUCACCGACUACUGCCGAAUCCUCUGGCAGGUCCAAUCCAUCGACGCCUACCGGAAGCUUCAAGGAUAAGGAUAACAAGGGGAGGAGGGAUAGCAAGGCACGCUCUGGUAGUGUGAGCAUUAUGCAACGCGCUACGAAUGCCCUCGAAAUUGCAGGUCUCGUGCGGAAGAAAUCAAGUGAAGCGGUAAAAGGGGAGGAAAAGGAUCGCGAGCGGGAAAAAUCCCGAGAGCACGAGAAGCGGAGUGGAGGCGGGGACGAGCCUCGAAAUUCUGGAAAUUCUGCCAAGCUGACCAAGUCGCCACCUGUGAAACCCAAGGACCAAUUGAUUGUCCCUACUACCCCAUCCGCUGCAGAGUCAAGUGUUCUACCCCCUUUGCCUGGUUCGCCGUGGGUGGUCACUGGUGGCCGAACAUCACCUCCACAGUCGCACGUGCCGACACCUGCGAACUCGCCAGGUGAUACGCUGACGAGCCUUCCGAAUUUCUCAGAUGAGGGAAAGGUUGCGCCACCUAAUAGGAAUCGCGCCAGUUUGUUGUCCGCGUUUAGAUUGUGGUUCCAGGAAGAUAGGAAAGGAAAGCGGAAGGAGGCGGCACAGGCGCAAGGCAGUGGACGCGGACUUUCAUACAGCCGUUCUCUCGCCAUGCCCGCUACUGCUCCAAUGUCGCCCGGUAGUCAUGGAAAUGUCAAGAGAAGAGGCAGUGGAACUCGUGGACGGCGUGUAAAACGCCAUUCGACGUCGUCGCGCCGUUCGAGCAGUGUGAAUUCCCAUCGAUCAUCAGGAAACUCCGGGCAACUGCUAGCCCUAGAGCCACCUCACAUAUUGGAGCAAAUCCCUAGCGUGCGAUCAUAUGGUGGUGCUCAUACACCGGGUUCUGACAAGGGAGAAUACUCAUCGCGCCCCUCCUCCAUUCAUAGUGUUACACUUGGCAAGCAUCGCAAAUCGCCAUCCACAGGGUCUAACGGGUCGGCGCACUAUCGCACUAGUUCACCUAUGCAUAAAUAUCACCACAGGCGAGCCGGGUCUUCUUCAUCAACUCGCGUCAUACGUCAUCAGUCGGCAGGGCCCCGACCUGUACACCAUAGAACUAGUUCUGCUACAUCGUCCGUCCACUCGCUAGCGUCAUCCCGGCCGACCUCGUUUUAUGAAGCGUCGGAAGGAGAAGGUACCCGCACGAGUUCUCCGUACAAGAGCUACCCAUCUCGUCGCUCGCUUGACGAGACGCCGCGGCGUGGGACAACAGGCAGUGCGACAUUUGUGGCCCAGAAGCGGAUCACGCCUUUCAUGAGUCCCUCCGGAGCCAACGGACGAACGAGCUGGAAAAAAGCUUGGGGUCACGAGCCUCCUGGCUGGCAGUCCCGUUCUACGCAUCUGCCUGUCGAGGUGCUUUCAAUAUCCCCAGGAUCAGAGGGUCCUGCGAGCAUUCGGGAUGUAUUUACUGGGAGGCAGAGUCUCAAUUUGGGUGAUGAAAGCGAUUGGGUGGAUGAGGAUGAUGAUAUGCCUGAGUUUGCGGGUGGGUUGGGUCAGAUGCCGUCGAGCUCUACGAGUGCGAGCUUUCCCAUCGAGUCGCCAAUCCCUAUGUCGCCUCCUGCACGGAAUCAUAACUCACGCUCGGGGAAGGGUCGUGCUACUUCGCUGGUUCCGAACAGCAAUAGCAGGGCGAAACAAGGCAACUCGCCCGCUAGGUCGUCACCUGCCCCGACGGAGAACGUGUUCGAGUCUUCAGAGAUGAGAGCAGGGCGUCGUCAACUACCCACAAGCCGGUCAGGCCCUGCAUUCAAACAUGCAAUACAAGAAGAAGACGAGGAGGAAGAGGAAUAAAUCCUGGAUUUUUUUCUUUGGCGUGCUCUGCAUGCAUCGGUAAAUGCUGUUUCAUUUAUAAGCCAGCUGCUGGUUUUCUGUCUUGGAUGCUCUCAUAGAACUGCUCUCGUGCGCUUCGUCCUUUUUCUAUGUCAUUAGGUUCGCUAUUGCCAUCGUCAUCAACAUGAGUCGUAAUCUGAUCCCUUUUUGUACUCUUAUCAUUAUAUGAUACCCUGACUUCUACGAACUGUAUCUUUUUUUCGUCUCCGAGCUCGUACCAGUGUCUGCAUAGGUGGACUACCAUGUUAUUUAACACAAGAAAUGCGCAAGCAACCAACUUAAGAAC